UAGUCUGGCUACAACGUUUGCAUGGGAACAGCCCUCGAUGUAUUGCUUUCGUCUAUUUCAGUUGAACGGUGUAUGCGUGCGGCUUCAUCAGAAUUUUGAAAAAUAAACCACUUUCAAAAAAAUAACAAACAAUGGCCAAUACUUUAAGUAUUGCCAUACAACCAAAGCAAAAUUUUCAUUUUCGCUACCUGAAAGAACUGGAAAACACUCAUGGUGUUUUAAUUGGACAACAACCGCAGAGCACAGCGCUUCAGGUUGGAAAAACUAAAUCUUCAAUGGAGUGUGGUUGCUCACCCACCAUUAAGUUACAACUGCCAGCCAAUGCCCAUCUGGACGACUAUCAGAAUAAACGCGACUUCUAUGUGCUGUGCUCACUUCACAGUUAUGCAAACAAUGAACUCUACUCACUCUCACCACAUUUGCUGAUGCCAAAAGGAGAGACAGAGGAAAGCUAUGGUUUUAUAUUCGCCAAAAUGGAUGAGAAUCCCUUGGAUCCAUGCGAGAGAACCUGGCAAUUACAGGAUUACGUUAUUGUCCGCCUUAAAACGGGUAACAAAUUUGAGAAUUACGAAAAAUCGUUGCUCCAGAAGAAAAAUCAUUAUGAAAAUUUGCAACUCCCAAUGGGUUUUGAUAAACUUAUGGGAAAAGUGAACAUGGGAAACAAGGAAAGUCUUAAAUCGAGUGGCGGUUUGAACGUGUGCUUGGGUUUCACCAUUUUCGAAAAGGACUUCUAUCAAAACAGCUACAGUCUGUACAAGGAGACUAUCUACUCGCAUAACAUCUUUCAUGGCGAUGACUUGAACAUUCAUCAUUUGUGCAAUACCAAGGGUAGUGUUGGCGGUGGUCUUGUCGUAACACUUCUCAUGAAACUCUAUGCGGGCUACGAUUACAAUAUACACAUGGUGUAUCUGGACCCGAUAAAUGGAGCAAUCAGCUGGGAGCAUACACAACCCGUAAAUCCCAAGAAAAUAUUUAGCAAUGCAGCCAUAACAUUCGAGUUGCCCACGGGUCCCCACGUACCUGAUAUCGAAGAAUUCAAAGUGCAUUUGGAGGUGGUGGUGGGCCAGAGUACCUACAAAAGUCAAGCGGUAGAAUUUUGGUAUCAAAAUAGUAGCGAAAAUGCUUUGUGGCGCAAACGGCCACGUUUGGUGGUCGACAAUAAUGAAACAAUUGCCACGUUGGAUAUGGAGGAUGCACAGUCUCUCGCAAUGGCUGCAAUCAAUCCUCGUGAAAUGCAUGAUUUAAAUUAUAAUCCCAAUAUUUGUGCACAAUUAGGAUUUGACUGUUUGAUUAGCGAUUCUGCAGUUUAUGUAUCACGUGACUGCAUGAAUGGUGCAGACAAAAAUCCAAAGCCUUUGAAAAGAGUGCCUAAAACAGACACAAAAAAUAUUUUGCACAUUAUUUUACAAGAACUUGAAGACUAUUUCACAAAAUUCAAAAGAACUAAAGAAAUUCCGCUCAUCAAGGAAUGCGACAAAUUUGACAACACCAUCUUUCAUGCGGCCAUUAUGGAUGAAAAGUCACUAUUGGUCUUCUAUCGUCAUAUGAAGGAUUCGACCCCACCUAAAGAGAUACUCAAAGUUCGCAACCGUUUCCGCCACAAUCUGUUGCACUAUGCCUGCAUUCGCAAUAAGGCCAAUGCCAUCAAGCCUUUGGUGGGAAUCGGAUGUGAUCUUCAGCAACAGGAUUGGCAAGGACGCACACCUUUACAUUUGGCCAUUGAAAAUGCUCACAAGGAAUGCAUUUCAAAGUUUGAACAUUUGCUAGAAAUUUAUCACCAAUAUCCCGAGGAGGUGCAAGAGAAGUUCAUCAAAAUGUUCAAUGUGUACGACCAUCUGGGCCAUACCAUAGUGCAUUCGGCGGUCAAGGCAGGGCUAACGACACUCUUCGAAGCCAUGCUGAAAUUUUGUCAAGCCCACAACAUGGACAUAACACGGCAUGAGAUUUUGGGCAGUGGCGAUUCUGUCAUACAUUUGAUUGCAAAAGGAAAUUUAAUAGACAUGCUACCACUGGUGAAGGAGUACAUACCCAACUAUUUAACCAUACAAAACUAUGCAGGAGAAACAGCCCCGGAUUUGGAGGACUUAUGCCAGAACAUGUCCGAAUUAUUGAAAAUAAAUUGACAAAAAAAGUAUAGGAUAAUAUAA